CCUAAUGGGAAGCAGAGCUAGCCACUAUAUCCUUCUGUUCCAGAUACUUUUCAAUGUGUUGUUGUUGUUGUUUUAUAAAGAAAGAUUUUGGAACCAUUCUGUUCAUGCUGAGCUCCCAGAGGUUGUGGUGAGGUUGUGAAGGAACAUUCUGUGGAGAUGGGAUAUAGUAGUGACACGCACAGCAAACCUUAAAAAUGCUCCUGUGAGUGCAGUGAAUAAGGAGGCAGGACUAGAAACAGAGGUCCAUAGACACGAAACAACAACGUUCAGCCACAUCCUUGUGUCUUUCCCCUUAUCCUUGCUGUUGACUGCCGUUGCACCUCCUACAUCCAGAAUUCUUCUUCUAAAGCCUACUCCGUCUCACUUUCACCUGUAGCUGGUGCCAUCCUCACUGCUCCUGUCAGGUAAACAACUCUUCCCCAACCGGAUGCUCUGUUUCCCCCGAAGUGAAAUCAGCGUGUGAAAGGAGCGGAGGUGCAUUCCUCAGAGAUGGCUUUUGCGUCGCGUUUGGUCUGCUUUCAGCGAUCGAAGCAAUCGCGCAACCCGAGAAAACAAGGCUAAUGGGGUCGCCUGCCACGUAAUUGCUGGAGAAUGGUGCUGAAGGGACAGCUCCCAUCUUGCCUCUCUUGAAAAGCAGGGGAAGCCUUGGCAGCAGCGCUCCUUUCACCUUGGAGCUGGAGCGAGUGGAGAGGCGCUUGGAUGGAGCAGCGCCGACUCCUUCAGACGCUUUGAGCCCACCCUGCGGAGGACACCCUCGCCUACCCCCCCCAUGUUUUUGUGAUGCUUUUUUCUCCUCCGCGAAGCUAAAGCGUCUCCUCGAUCAGGCACAAUGACUGAAGAGAGGUUUCCUAUCAGCAGGUGGGGGCUGCUUCCCUUGCUUUCGGGGUUGGCAGUCAAGGGCGCUGGCAUGGCCACCUGAAGAUGGGAGGAGCGCCCCCUCUUCCCGGCUACAACAAGUAGUUCUUCGUUUGACACCAACACAACCGAGUCUGGAGGCAGCUGCGAAGGAAAGAGCGUUUGCAAUGUGAAGAGCAGCCUCUUUCUCUCGUGUCACCAAGUCAUGUCUGAGCCACAGAGAUGGGGAAGCUCGAGGACCACGAGAGGGUGAUCCUCAACGUCGGGGGCACGAGGCACGAGACCUACCGGAGCACCCUCAAGACGCUGCCGGGCACCCGCCUGGCUCUGCUGGCCUGCGAGUCCCCCGGCGGCGGGGAAGAGCACCAAGCGCCGCCCCUGCCGGCUCCCCCGCCGCCCCUGCCCGCCCCCAACCCGGGACCCAACCCGGGCGGAGGCGGCGGCGGCGGCGGCGCGGGCGUCCCCCUGGACGGCGCGGGCGGCAGUGCCUGGAGCCCGCGCAGCAAUGGCGCCACGUGCUGCGAGUUCUUCUUCGACCGGCACCCGGGCGUCUUCGCCUACGUGCUCAACUACUACCGCACGGGCAAGCUGCACUGCCCCGCCGACGUGUGCGGGCCGCUCUUCGAGGAGGAGCUGGCCUUCUGGGGCAUCGACGAGACCGACGUGGAGCCCUGCUGCUGGAUGACGUACCGACAGCACCGCGACGCCGAGGAGGCGCUCGACAUCUUCGAGGCUCCCGACCUCAUCACCGGGGAGCCGCCCGCCGAGCCCGACGACGACGAGCUGGCCGCCAAGCGACUGGGCAUCGACGACGUGGGCGCCGCCGCCGCCGCUGCCGCCGCCCUCGGAGCCCCGCUCGACGGCAAGGGCGGCCGCUGGAAGAGGCUCCAGCCGCGCAUGUGGGCGCUCUUCGAGGACCCCUACUCUUCCCGCGCCGCCAGGUUCAUUGCGUUUGCCUCUUUAUUCUUCAUCCUACUUUCAAUCACAACCUUUUGCCUGGAAACCCACGAAGCAUUCAACACCAUCAAAAACAAAACAGAGCCAACCAUCAAUGGUUCUGAGGUGGUUCUGCAGUAUGAAAUAGAGACGGACCCUGCUCUGACGUAUGUUGAAGGAGUAUGCGUGGUGUGGUUUACAUUUGAAUUUUUAGUCCGCGUUGUUUUUUCACCCAACAAACUUGAAUUCAUCAAAAACCUCUUGAAUAUCAUUGACUUUGUGGCAAUUUUGCCCUUCUAUCUCGAGGUGGGCCUCAGUGGGCUGUCCUCCAAAGCUGCUAAGGAUGUGCUUGGUUUCCUCAGGGUAGUGAGGUUUGUGAGAAUCCUGCGAAUCUUCAAGCUCACCCGACAUUUCGUGGGCCUCAGGGUGCUGGGUCACACGCUCCGAGCAAGCACCAACGAGUUUUUGCUGCUGAUAAUAUUUUUGGCAUUAGGAGUAUUGAUAUUUGCCACCAUGAUCUACUAUGCUGAGCGAAUAGGAGCCAGACCCAACGACCCUUCUGCUAGCGAACACACAGAGUUCAAAAACAUCCCUAUUGGCUUCUGGUGGGCUGUGGUCACCAUGACCACUCUUGGGUAUGGAGACAUGUAUCCAAAGACAUGGUCAGGGAUGCUAGUGGGUGCUCUGUGUGCUUUAGCUGGGGUGCUGACCAUAGCCAUGCCUGUGCCUGUUAUUGUCAACAACUUUGGAAUGUACUAUUCUCUGGCCAUGGCGAAACAGAAGCUUCCGAGAAAGAGAAAGAAGCACAUCCCACCUGCUCCUCAGGCAAGCUCCCCUACAUUUUGCAAGACAGACUUGAACACAGCCUGCAAUAGCACACAGGGGGAAGUCUGUCUGGGCAGAGACAACCGGCUGAUGGAACACAAUAAAUCAGUGUUAUCAGGUGAAGACAGUACAGAAAGUGAGCAGCCACUGUCACCUGUGGAAAGGCUCCCACCAAUCAGACGCUCUAGUACCAGAGACAAAAACAGAAGAGGGGGAACAUGUUUCCUACUGACAGCAGGUGAUUACGCGUGUGCUACUGAUGGAGGGAUCAGGAAAGGCUACGAAAAAUCCCGAAGUUUAAACAACAUAGCUGGCAUGGCAGGCACUGCCCUGAGACUGUCUCCAGUAACAUCACCCUACAGCUCACCUUGUCCUCUGAGACGCUCCCGGUCUCCCAUCCCAUCUAUUUUGUAAACCAGAUGGCAUCAGCUGGCUACAUAGCUUUAACUGAAGUGCUGUUUAUCACCUAAUGGAAAUAAGUGUAGCAUUAGCUGUGGUUUCCACUAAUACAAGUAUAAAUCUUGAGCGAUAUAACUGUCAGCAGCAAGCAAUGCCACUCGGGUAGCUGAAGACCCCAAUUUUGCUUAUAAGGUCCUCUAAAGUAGAUUCCCCCCUCACCUUGUACCUGGUUUUGUCCUAUCUUACCACAGCAAUAAAAGGACAGUUAGUGGACUUCACUGGCCAGUACAAAUAAAUAAGCAUAUUUUCAGGGAGAUACAGUAAAACCAAUGUGCUUCCAAUUGAUGACCAUUCCAUUGGACCAUUUCUUGUGACUCUAACCCAUCUCGAAGAUGUCUGGAAUCUUGUCUUGAUUGCAUAGAAUGUGACUUCAGUCUGAUCAUUUGCAUGGACCAUACUGUCUCCAUCACUUGAAAUCCGUCUUGCAGACUAACCAAGACCACAGAUGGCUCUGGAUUGUGUGGGUUUGUUGUUUUAUUCAUUGUACCAUCUUGCUGAAAUCAGAAAAAAAACAAAACCCCGACCAACAGGUCCGCAUGUGGGAUUGGGCUGUUUUUAUUGUGCUGCUUUUUAGUUCUUUUUAUUUAUUUAUAACUUUCCCCCAAUAAUGUCUAUUUCUUGAUUGAUUAAUUUUGGUACUGGACUGAUGUAUCAGAGUUCUGAAUGUUUUCGGUUGUUUGCACACAGAUAACUGCAAAGAGGUUGUCAUUACUGGUUACACGCAAGCAGAAGCCAGAUCUCUUUCUUAAUGGCUUGGGGAAGGCACAAAACAUGAAAGAAAGGUAAACACCAUCCAGGCUUGCAAUUUUAAGAUAGCAAGUUCUGCUUGGCCCUAUAGUGAUUUCUCUUCUGCAGGGUUCUUCAACAUUUUCAGAGGCUGAGUGCCAUGUAAAAGCAAGAAGUAUACUGGAGUUUUAAUUUUUUUUUUGCUAUAGGUAUAGGAGGGCAAUAGUUUACAAAAGGGUUUUUUGACCAGCCUUAAACCUCUAACUCCCAAGCUUUCACAAUUUUGUUUCUGUCACAUAUUUUUUUAAAGAUGCUUUGUCUUAUAUGUUGUUUCUGUUUGUCUGUCUGGCUGACUGUCUGACUGUAUUUUUCACCCGUCUCCAUAAAGCACAGUUGCCUUUUCCAAAAAUGCUCCCUUCAUAUAAGAUUAGCUGCUAAAUGCAUUUCCUUCUUCCCCCCACUUUUUGAUAUAUGUAUCUAUGCAUAUCUCAAGUGUAAGCUGAUAUCCUUUUAGUGAGCACUUCUUUGACAUUUCCCCCCAGUGUGGGAUUUAGCAACGGUUCUGCCAUUUCAAUAGGGUUCCUGCUUCAAUCCCACACCCUUAGCAAUCUGCAUUCAUUCUUGUGUUGAGACUUUAUCCCCUACAUCAGCUUUUUCUUUACAAUAAAACAAGACAGCCUUGUUUAUGCAGCAUCAUGAAUGCAGUCGCAACUACGACGUUUUGGGCUGGUGAGGAAAACACCCAGCAACGUAAAAGCCUUAGAAAUAUAAGGGGGGGGGGGAGAAAGAAAAUCAAACAGUGUCAUAAGAAAUCCUUGAGAUUGUUGAAAAAUCCCUGAUUUUUGUAUGUUUAUUUUUGUUAGGAAAAGAAGUCUAUUUGACCAUGUAACAUAAUAUUCUGUAUAUAGCCUAGCAUGAACUGCAUGUGAAAAUUUCUUGUACAAAAAUGUAUUUAUCAGUACUUACCUUUCUGAUACAUAGAGAUGUACAUUGAUUUAGUUUUGGUAACGAGCGCUGGCAGAUAUAGAUUAAUGUAAUGUAUAUACUUAAUAUGCAAACAGCUUCUAGCAAAGGAAUUAAUAUCUGGUGCUGCUGUUAUUGGCUACAGUGUUAUACAGAAUUUAUCAUGGAUUUUUGACUGCUGAAAAAGGGACAAUGGAAUUUAGCCAUACCAAGGACUGUACUGGAAAGAGACUGCUCCUCCUGAAUGGGUCCUGAUA